GAUAUUCACUUGGAAUCGCAAAUAGGAACGUAAUUCAAAAUUCGCAGAGCCUAAUUACUAAUUAACCUAUCUCAUAAAUAUACGACUUUAGAUAACAACGAUAAGAAAUAUUAAGGAAUAGAGAACGGAGAUAGUGACACAUUUGUCACUGAAAUUUAAGAGAUUCCCGCGAUAGUAACUCGAGUUUCUAAAGAUGCAAGAUGAAUAACGUGAGUUAUAGUGAUGAAGCUAAUAGAUUCGAUUGAGAUGACUUCUCAAUUUUCUCAGCUUUUUUGGGAAAACUUAAUCGUUACUGUGCCUGCCACAGAUGAAGAGUGCUCGAAAGAACUGUGGUGCAAAUUUUCGCGUAGAAAAUCUGUAAAACUGAAUAUACUAAAAGGAGUGUCCGGAUAUGCAGAGACUGGUAAUAUGUUCGCUAUACUGGGACCGAGUGGUGCCGGUAAAACUACGUUUCUUGCUGCUUUAGCGAGAAGGGUCGAAUUAACUUCGGGCGCAGUAAAGAUCAACGGGCAUAAUGUUUCUCGAGAAACGAUGGCAACAAUAUCGAGCUACAUAUCGCAAUUUGAUGCUCUACCUUCUGCACUCACACCCAGAGAACACAUGUCAUUCAUGGGCGCUUUGAAAAUAGGAAAUAGUUGUAGCGUGCUACAAAGAAAAUCCUUGGGGGAAGAAUUUCUGCGGGAUCUCGGAUUGUACGAGUGCAUCGAUACUUUUAUAUUUAAGCUAUCUGGCGGCGAAAGGAAACGCUUGUCGCUAGCCACGGAAAUGUUAACGAGACCGAAGAUAUUUUUUUUAGACGAACCAACCACGGGUUUGGACACUUUCGCCGCAACGCGCGUCGUGCAGUCAUUGAAAUUAAUUGCUUCGAAAGGUACCAUGGUUUUCUGCACAAUUCAUCAACCAGGUAUGACAAUAUACAAUAUAUUCAGUCAUGUAAUAUUAAUGGCUGAUGGUAAAUCUGUAUACUUUGGAACUCUGAGGAAUGCCACGGAUUUUUUUGAGAGCCAGGAUUAUCAAUGCCCCACGAACUACGACGAGUCUGAGUAUUACGUAAACAUUCUGUCACGCUGCAGGAAUCAAGCAGAUUGCAAUAUUGAGCUGUAUCAGGCAUUCUUACGAUCGCCGUUUUCAAAAAUUCCCGUAGUCGAGAAUGUCUCGGUUUUUCACGCCAGUCCUCAAAAAAAAGCAGGAUGGUUCAUGCAGUUUUACUGGUUGCUCUGGAGAACAUUCCUGCGGGAUAGGAGAACAGCCUUCGACAACUGGAUCGCGUGGUUCUCUUGCGCGCUAUCCAUCGUCUUCGUAAAUAUUUUUUACGCUGGUACUAAUUCGUCGACACAGGAGGGGAUACAAAGUGCUCGGGGCGUAUUGUACUUGACGAUCUCCGAGGUAAUUUUUACGAUCGCCUACUCCGUCGUUUACGAGCUACCCGGUGAGCUUGUUCUCUACGUGCGCGAAAGUACCGUGUACGCGCCGGGACCGUAUUACCUCGCCACCGUUCUCGCCUUGAUACCCCAGGCGACAUUUAAAACGCUUUUAUUCACGACUGCUCUGUACUUGGUGCUACAUUCCGAAUUUUCGCUGCUCGGCUUCUGCUCCUACUGUCUCUGCACGACGACGGCGGCGAUCUGCGGUAUCGCGUACGGCAUGGCAAUCUCCAGCUGGAUCGCCGACAUCGAUAUCGUGACCACGGUAAUGCUACCGCUCGACUUGUUGUUUCUCUUGACAGCGGGUACAUUUUACAAUUUGCGGACUCUUCCGAAUUACCUAGUAUAUCUCAAAUAUUCCUCUAUGUUUUACUACGCCACCGAAGCUAUAUCGAUAGUACACUGGUCGGAGAUAGAAGAUAUUGAUUGUCCAGUCAGUCGUGGCCUGCCUUGUCUGUCGAACGGAACGGAAGUUUUAUCGGAGUACGGAUAUAACGAAGGGAAUUUCUGGUGGGAUAUUACCGGAUUGUUGCUCCUGACGAUUCUGAUGAAUAUCGCCGCAUAUCUCGGCACAAGGAGAAGAGGAGCAUCAAGACCGAUCGCGGCGGCUUAUUAAUUAAUCGAGCGAGACGCAAUCGCGGCGCGUAUCUUCCUAUUAUUAUAAUAUUAAUUACGUAUAAGAGCGCGUUGAUUUCUUCGGAUUAAAUGAAUUGAUAACACGAAGAUAAACCUAACACAACGCUAACGCUUUUCCAAUACGUCAAUAAAAGCUUCAAAAAUUAAAAUUAACGAAUUUUAUUAUUAUUUAAUAUAUAAUUAUGCAACAAGUAUGCUGCAUCAUAAAUUUGUAAACUCACAUCAACCGUAUCUUUCUUAUGAAACUAAAACUUGUCCUUCUCGCGCGAACGUUAAGUCAAGUUAAUCUCCACACACGAGACUAAUUUAAUCUUGCGUUACGCAAACCGACGUCAUAAAACUGAAAUACAAAGAACAAGAAUAAAGAAAAUUGCAAAUAGUGA